AUGCUCAAAUUACUCCUUCUAUUGUUCAUUUUUUCAAAUCCCAUAAUUAGCCAGGAUAAUCCGCUAACCUGUUAUCAUUGUAUUUCACGUCUAGAUAUUAAUAUUAUCAAUAAAACGGAAAGAAAUGCUUUAAAAACUGCACUUUUUACCAGGUACAAUGUUCCACCGACCAGUGAUUAUUGCGGAGUCGGAGGAACCGACGUGAUGUUCACGAGCUCCGAACUUCAGAAUUGCACAAACGGCGACGUUUGUGUCAAAAUUAUUUCAUCGGCACCAAUGGAUUCAGACCAACAUCUAGAGCUUGUCAUUCGCGGCUGCAAAUCAAAACUAUUCAAGCCAGGUUUCGAGCUCUCCGAGGAAUCCAACUGCAGUAACGACGGCACCUCUUGUAUAGCAAUCUGCGACCAACCUCUCUGCAAUUCCGUCUAUCUGCCAUUUCCAAUUCUCGCCAUUUUUUUCAAAUUCUUCAUUUAA